GGUAAAGAGAGAUAGAGAGAGAGAUAUUACUCAGCAACCAAUGCAACGCUUUACUGAAUCAACAACUGUAUGCGACUGAAAUUAAAGAAUAUACAAAAGCGAAUACACACACACACAGAGUUUUUCAGAGGCAGAGAAUGUUCCCCGCUGCAUGACUGACUCACUGUUCUCCUCCUCUAAUUGGGUUAAAGGAAUCUGUUUUAAACACACCCACCAGUCUCAUAUGGAAACUGCUCACUGCAUUACUACCAACAAACAAGUCAGGCCGAAAAAAUAGGAAGACAGAAUCCAUUUACAACAGCAACUAAAAGUUCUGGAGCAAGAGGCCAAAAAAAGAGGAAGUGAAAAGCAGGAGGAAUAUAUUGAUACAGAACAGCACUGAAUAUUUAAGUGGGAUAUUUUUAUUUGUAGACACAAACGCACAGGCUGGCUGACUGCUGAUUCACUGUUGCUAAUAUUUAACACGAUCUUUCCUUUCGGACUGGGAUUAACAUUUUCAUCAGGUAAUUUUAGCAACACCAAGUGGGGCUGACCUAUUAUGAUCCAGCUUAGUGCUGCCAAGCUAAGUUUCCUCAUCUGUUUGGGUCUAUGUCUUUGUACCUUAAUAUACGUGAAGACCAAGGUGCCCAGCCUACAGGCGGAGGAAGCAGUGGAUGUGGCAGUGUGCGGGAUUCACCCCGAUGAACUGUGCAUGUCCCUCUUCGAUGGCGAGGAGCUCGGGAGCGAAUGCCUAAAGCUCCACAAACCGGAAACGCUUCUGCUGGGAGCCAAGCUGAACUGCUCCCGCAUGGCAGAGGACCUGCAUUUCAUUACCAGCCCUCUAAGCAAAGAGGAGGAAGAAUACCCCCUGGCCUACAUCAUAACCAUCCACAAGGAGCUGGAGAUGUUCAUAAGGUUGCUCAGGGCCAUCUACGCCCCUCAGAACGCAUACUGCAUCCAUGUGGACGAUAAGUCACCCGAGGAUUACAAAGCCACCGUCAGGAGUCUGGCUGACUGCUUCCCUAACGUCUUCCUAGCCUCCAAUGUGGAGAAGGUGGUAUAUGGAGGAUUCUCUCGGCUUCAGGCCGACAUAAACUGCAUGAAGGACCUGGUGCGCUUCCCAGUGCCCUGGAAGAGUGUCAUAAAUCUCUGCGGUCAGGACUUCCCCACCAAAACCAACCACGAGAUAAUUCAGAACCUGCAGGGCAAGCAGUGGAGGGGAAAGAGUAUAACACCCGGGGUGAAGCAGCCACCCACCAUGAGCUAUAGGACACAGAACCAGCACAAGGAGAUAAUGAACCUAAAGGACCCCCAUGUGCAGCGACUAAACUUAAAGAAAGGGAGGCCCCCACAUGACCUGGUCCUCUACUUUGGGACCGCUUACUAUUCUCUCACACGGCCAUUCGUAGAAUUCGUCCUAAAGGAUCAGCGUGCAAAGGAUCUGCUGGAGUGGUCCAAGGACACCUACAGCCCAGAUGAACAUUACUGGGUGACACUCAAUCGUUUACCAGGGGCUCCAGGAGCAGACCCAGAAGCAAAAUGGGAGGGCAAUGUUCGCUCAAUAAAAUGGAGGGACCAGGAAAAAAAGGCGCAUGACGGGUGUAAAGGGCACUACAUUCGUGACAUCUGUGUUUAUGGACCCGGGGACUUGAAAUGGGUCAUAGAACAAGACAACAUGUUUGCCAACAAGUUUGAGCUGGAGACCUAUCCUCUUGCUGUGGUGUGUAUGGAGCGCUGGCACCGUCUUAAAGUCCUGGAGCAGGCAAAUGUCACCAUAAAGCCUGCCUGGCAGCUACAGAAUGAGAGCUACAUCGGAAUGAGGCUCAACGCUUCUAUAGCGCCGUAGAUACGGAACGCCCUGCUGUCUUCUGCAACAAGGGAUUUCAAAGAAAUUCCAAUGGCUCACCAACACGGACGGUGCUUCUUCAUAAACUGAAGGAUUACUUUCAAUGCUGAGAAAUGUGUAUUGGGCAGACUUUAAAAUACAGUUGCCCCCAAAAAACAGGAAUGUAGAAUAUGAAAUGAAUAUUAUUGUUCAGCAGCAGUAAUAUUUAUUUAUUUAUUUUUUUAAUUUUUUUUUUACUAUUUUAAGGUAAACAAUAACAGUGGUGUUUUUUUAUAUCUCAAGUGGCAUUCAGAGUUUAAUAAAGAAGGGGGGCAAAGAGAAGCCUUUAUUAAAUGGAAACCAAGAAAUAAAAACAAUGUAUAUACUUGUAAUUAUGUUGAACUAAGUGGGUUGAUUGAUUAAGUACUGUAUGGAAAUUGAAAUAUGCUUACCGCUUGCAUAAAGGGAACAGCCCUAUUAUACCACCUAUAAUAUGUAGCAGUGUGUAAUAAAAAUGUAAUGUAAAAAUUAAAUAAUGGAAACCUAUUAUUAUUUAUUACCACAUUUUACACUUGGUUAAUGGACAGUUACAACAAUGUGUUUUAUGAUAGUAUGCACUAUUUCACCAAGGGCACAUAUAUGUUUAUCAAUUAAAUUUCUAGAUACCGCAUCUUGCUCUACAU